AUCACACAAAGAAGAAACUCCACAUACACCCACAGGCCAGCCGCCUGCUAGUUAGCAGAAAACAUAAACACCAGGACCUCUUUAGGGCAGAUUGGGCUGUUUUAGCAGCCUCAGCUUUAGUUUUCUUCGCUGCGAUUUAUCGGAGAACAACUACACAAUGCGGUGGGUGAGCUAAAUGUGUUAUUGUGCGCCAUGUCUGUUUGGAUCUCGGAGUACACCAAGGCCUUGGAGUUGCCCUGCUAACGGAUGCCCAUGAUUCAGCUGGAGAAACCGGUGCUGGCUGGGACCAUGCCGGUGGUAUGGCCCACCAUCCUGGACCUGGGCAGGGAUGAGUGCAAAAGAAUUCUCCGUAAACUGGAGCUGGAGGCUUAUGCCGGGGUUAUCAGUGCCCUGCGAGCCCAAGGAGACCUGACAAAGGACAAGAAGGAUCUGCUGGGAGAACUCACUAAAAUCCUUGGUAUCUCAACAGAGCGCCACCGCGCAGAAGUACGCAGGGCGGUGAACGAUGAACGCCUCACCACCAUCGCUUAUCACAUGUCAGGUCCGAACAGCUCGUCUGAAUGGUCCAUUGAAGGACGCCGGCUUGUUCCUCUGAUGCCGAGGCUGGUCCCUCAGACAGCCUUUACUGUGACUGCUAAUGCUGUGGCCAGUGCCACAGCCAAUCAGAAUGCCUCCCUUCUGUUGCCAGCUGAAACCGGAAACAAAGAAGUGGUUGUAUGUUACUCCUACACAAGCACCACCUGCACCUCCACAAGCGCCACAGCCACCAGCGGCACCAUAGGGGCAACUGUGAAAUCACCACGACCACCCAGUCCUUCCUCCAACGUGGUGGUGCUGCCCAGCGGGAGCACCGUCUACGUAAAAAGUGUGAGCUGUUCCGAUGAGGACGAGAAGCCUCGCAAGCGGAGGCGGACCAACUCGUCCAGCUCGUCGCCGGUGAUGCUCAAAGAGGUCACCAAGGUGUCCCCGCAGGUAUCCAAGAACAUCACGGUGCCGGUGAGCGGCAGCCCCAAGAUGAGCAACAUCAUGCAGAGCAUCGCCAACUCGCUGCCGCCCCACCUGUCCCCCGUCAAGAUUACCUUCACCAAGCCCACGAUCCAGACCACCAACACCACCACACAGAAGGUGAUCAUCGUGACAACUUCUCCCAGCUCCAACUUUGUGCCCAACAUCCUGUCCAAGUCCCACACUCACAACAAUGCCGCGCUGUCGAAGCUGGGCUCCGCCUCCAUGCUGAACACGCAAACCCAGAAACAGACGGUGGUCUUCCCGGCCAGCUCCAGCCCCUCCUCCAACGCCAACACUGUCGCAGUUACCACAGUGGUCUCCUCGACUCCUUCAGUGGUCAUGUCAACUGUCUCAACAUGCGCCGCUUCAGCUGGCGUGAAGGUGGCUUCAGCCAGACUUCCUUCACCUAAGACCCUGGUGGGGUCCCCUGCUCAGAUCCUGGCCCAGUUCCCCAAACAGCAGUCACCCAAACAGCUGCAGCAGGGCUCAUCUUUAGGAUCUUCUAGUGUCAGCCAGACCCAGACCACCACCAGCUCACCUGGUUCAAAACCCACCAUCCAGAUCAAACAAGAGUCCGGGGUCAAAAUAAUCACUCAGCAGGUUCAGCCAAGCAAAAUCCUGCCCAAGCCUUCAUCAGUGGCUUUGUCCAGCAGCAGCUCGUCCCCCAUCAUGGUUGUCAGUAGCAACGGCGCCAUAAUGACCACCAAACUGGUCACUCAGCCCACAGCUACCCAGACCACCUAUACAAGACCCACUGUUGGCCCCAGCAUUGGUGCCAGAAUAUCCACCUCCAGUGGUGGGACCACUUACGUCAAAACCACCAGCGGCAGCAUCAUCACAGUGGUGCCAAAGUCUCUGGCCACUCUGGGUGGGAAGAUCAUCAGCAGCAACAUCGUCUCUGGCACGACGACUAAGAUCACCACCAUCCCCAUGACCUCCAAACCGAAUGUCAUUGUGGUUCAGAAAACCACAGGAAAGGGAGCGACCAUCCAAGGACUGCCUGGCAAGAAUGUCGUCACCACACUUUUAAACGCCGGGACUCUGUGUCUACCUCAGGGUGAGAAGGGCCUGCAGGCUGUUCAGGGGACCAAACCAGCGAUCAUCACGGCCUCCAGACCCAUCACCAAGAUGAUCGUCACCCAACCCAAAGGCAUGAGCUCUGGAUCCCAGUCCACCGCCACCAAGAUCAUCCCGACCAAGAUCGUCUACGGCCAGCAGGGCAAGACACAGGUUCUCAUCAAGCCAAAGCCAGUUUUCCAGACGGCGGUGGUGAGCGAACAGACCAGGCAGCUGGUCACCGAGACGCUGCAGCAGGUGACCCGCUCAGCAGACAUCGUGCAGGGUCAGACCUCGGGCCAGGACGGGUCCACAAAGGACGAGUCGGGCAGCUCAACUGGCGAGGCCUCCCAUGGAAGUGCUCAAGAACCUCAGCCUGUAGUGCAUGUGGUGUCCUCCAGAGAGCAGGAUUGGACAGAGCAGGAAGUGUCUGUGGAGUCCAGCCCGACUAUUAUCUACCAGGAGGUGUCUGGCGGGGAGUCCCAGUCCGCCACUUCCACCAUCAAAGCCCUGCUCGAGCUGCAGCAAACAACAGUGAAGGAGAAGGGAGAGUCCAAACCCAGACAGCACACCAUCGACCUGAGCCAGAUGGCUGUGCCCAUCCAGCUAGCCCAGGAGAAGAAGCCCAGCCCGGAGUCCCCCAGACCCUCCACCUCAGAGGCUGAGCCCAGCACUGAGUACGUCCCAGCAGGUAAAGUCAGCAGAGUGGGAGUGUCCUCAGAGGAUGAUGACGUGGUCAUGUCCUCCAGCCAACAGCUGGGGAAGCCUUAUAAAAGCAGCAUCAGCCAGGUUACCGUGGUAACCAAACCAGCUGCUGCCUCCUCCUCCGCAGCUGCAGCGUCGCAUGUCAGCAACAUGCCCUCUGACAGCCAUGGUAAAACUGAGACCGUGUUAGAGGUGGGCGAGAUGGAAGGCGACACUUUGGACCCCCAGACGGGCUUGUUUUACCGCUCCAGCCAACCGGCUUCAGACCCCGUUAAGCAAACCACCCACUCUGUUAGCGCUCAGCCGCCUCCCUUGAGCCAGGCAGAGGCCGAGCAGAGCCGGAACAGCUCCGCCUCCACCCAGCCGCCGCCACUGCCACCGCCGCCACCACCGCAACUGCAGAGCAAACCUCAGAUCAGCCAACCUUCCUCUUCAUCUUCUGCCUUCCCCUCCACUCCUCCUCUGACAAAGAAACUCCCGAAACUACGAGAGCAGAUUCAGCCCAAACCCCAGGCCUUAACCCAGAGCCCCAAAGACAGACCCCUGACUGCGCCAGCACAAACCGUGGCAAAGGUCACGAGCCCGGGCACGCCAACCAAACCCCUGGUGACGCCGCAGCUCCCGAAGCUCCAGCAAGCACCCACAUCCCACCACAGGCCCCUGCACACACCCAUGUCUCACCCUCCGCCGCUGCAGGCGCACCACCCCGUCAGCACCGAGAAGACUCCCCCCAGCCAGCAGCCAAUCAUCACACAGAGCGCCACCGUCACCAAGAUCACCUUCGGCAGUUCCCACCAUACAACGCCGGUCUUCAGCAGCGGCGAGGCCACUGCCAAACUGAUCCCCGAGUCCAGCUCCGGGCCCUCAGGAGACAAGCCCUCGGUGUCGGACAUCCUGAAGAUCUCCAUGAUGGAGGCGGAGAUCGACCCGAGCACGGAGCCCAUGGUGGUGGACUCGUCCAGCGACUGCGGCCCUCUGGGGAAAGCCUUGGAGGUCCAGGCCGUGUCAGGCACACUGGACUCUGGCCAGUUCAUCAGCAGCUCUGGGACCUCCAUGCAUCAUUCCCACACAAAGAGCCAGCAGUUCAGCUGCAUGCAGGGACUCACAGCACAGAGGAGCAAAGAAGAUCUGGAGGUCAUUGAGGUGAUUCCCCAGUACUCCAUCCUGCCGGACUCCAGCCAGUCCAACGUGGUGGUGGAGCCCAGCGGCUUCCUGGAAAUCACCAACUACACCAGCCAGCAGCUGGAGGAGGACAGCCCCAUGGAGCAGGAGGUGGACAGCAGCAACGACGAGGCCACGGCAGCCAGCCCCCCCGACCAACCGUAGCCGGAGACACUGAUGGGACUUGGGUUCGAACAAACAGACUAGUGAUUUGUUUUUGGCCUCAGACCCAGUGGACAAAAGACUUUUCUGGCUGCUUUUUAUAGUGUUUUUCUGUAAAUAUUAGUUGUUGAUAAUAAGUAUAAGUAUUUUUUCCUCCCCACAACUAACGGCACAUAUGGUUUUUAUUGCCAGUGAGGAGUGCUGUGUGUAAAAAUGUGGGAGCGAGGUGAAAGGAUUAGUUUUAGUGCCGCUGCAGACAGUUGGAAAGCUGUCUCUCCAAACAUACAGGACUUAAUUGUUCCAGUAUGUUAACAAUGUUCCUGCAGGACAUGGCAAAGACGCUUCAUGAAAUUGAUUAUUUGGAAUUUGCUGGCUUUGUGCCACUGUACGUCAUUUCAGAAACACUGGUUGUCCAGAGGUUUGUCACUCAGAUAUUUGUAUAAAAUGACCCUCCUUGAUGAUGGACGUCUUCUUUUAAAGACCUGAAGCUUUGACCACCAGAUGAGGAGUAUUUUCCUUUGACUGAAACUCAACUUUAUAAACCUCCAACACCAAUCCCAUAAGGAUUAAAGAGCAGAUUUUAUUUUGCUGCAAGGAACAUAAAACAGAACCAGAAAGGAGUCCUGGAGGAAGGAUAAGGUCCAACGUACAGGAUGUGUUACUGUUAAUUGUAAUGUAAAAAAAAAAAAAUGUACCUUUUUCUUUUUGUAAGAUAUAUUCUGCAGUUGAAAAGUUUGCUGUGAGAAAUUCACAGUUUGCAUUUGAGUUUUUGCAUAGUGUGUUUUAAACUAUGCAUUUCUUUUAUACCUUUUCAAACUAGAUGACUAGUUGAGAGAAAAAAAACCAUUUAAUCUGCACAAUAAAUCAUGUAGAACAUGUCACGUA